GAGAGCGUCCCAUGCAAAGUCAAUGAGAUCCGUCAACGGACGCAUGUAGUGUGAAUGACCUUUAACUGCUCCUGACGAGCUGGCAGUUGCCUUACAUGGUUGCCUCCGCCCUGAAUGUGUGUAUGAAUGGUUGUAAGUUGCUUUGGAUGAAACUGUCUUCUAUCUGCCCUGAAUGUAAAUCUAUUGCUUGUGAACCCUGACCGUCCCCAUUCAGGUUCAGUCAGUGAUGGGAACACGACCAUUUCAUGGUUGGUUUCUGGUGAACUUUAUAGCAACACAUCCUGGUAUGGUUAGGAGUUGUGGUGGUGCGUCGAAAACAAAGACACCGCCCUGCUCCACUUGCUGCUUCACUCAGUGAAAGAGAUUAAAGGAACUAACCCUUUCAUUGGCUUUUUGUAUUAACUGCCACUUUACACUGGUGGUUAUAAAAGGUUUGAGUUUCGUGGAGUUGCUCCCACACUGAGUGCAUCAAUAUCCCUCCAGCCAUAGCUGGGGUUCAGUUUGGUACUCAAACAUUCAAACUUUUUCUGUCUGCCACUAAUGCUACUGCUUCUAUUAAUUCUGCUGAUGAUAGUAAUACAUUAAUUGUAUUGGAUUGUGUGAUGCUUCUUUCCACCCCAAUGUCAAAAAGUGAUAAAAUAGACAUAUGCCUUGAAUUGUUUUCCAAUACCGAUCAGGAAUGUAAGCAAUGUCAACUGUGUGUGUGUGUGUGUGUGUGUGUGUGUGUGUGUGUGUGUGUGUGUGUGUGUGUGUGUGUGUGUGUGUGUGUGUGUGAGAGCGAGUGAUAUUUAUUAUUGAAAUAGAUGUUCAUAACAUUGAUAAAAAAUAUCAGCAAGUAAAAUCAAAUGUUUCAAGCAUCAGGGGAAAUAUUUAUCAAUGGCCAGCUUUUAAUGCCACAUCGAUGAAAACAAAAUGAACAACAUACGUUUUCAGUGUUUAGGAUAGAUUUAAAUACGACCUGAACUACACCUCACAGAAAUCAUUGGCUUGCCUCAUCAAGUGCCUCCAUGUUUCAGCCAAUCACAGUGGUCCCAGGAUGUGUAAAUGUUAGUCUAAAGUCAGAAUCAUUCACUUCAGUUAGUCCAGCGCUGGUUCAGCAUUAAACCAUGACGACGCUUUUAGCAAUAAUAAUUCUGAAUACUGCAUUGCUGAUUCAGACCGAAGAGGAUCCUCAAUCACUCUAUUUAAAAACAGCUGAAAUUGGACAUAAUGUUACUCUGGAUUGUCUAGCAUUGAAAGACCAGAAUAUCAUUGAAAUAUUAUACUGGCAUAAGCAAUCUCUGGGAUAUAAUCCCCAAAUGGUAGUAAGCAGAUAUUAUAUAUCAAAUGAGAUUCAACCGCCCUUUACGUCAAGGUUCACUGUGGGAGAAGGAAGUAACUUCUAUUUGACAAUCAGCAACGUUCAAAAAGAGGACGAAGGAAAUUAUUUCUGUAAUCAAGGAGAACAACAUCGACAGGUUUGGAGCAAUGGUGUUUUCCUGACCAUCAAAGAUCCCAAUGACCAGAGGUUUGUCUCCCAGACUGUGGUCAAACAGUCUGUGUCAGCAUCAGCUCAGCUGGGAGACCCUGUGGCUCUCCAGUGCUCUAUUACCUCCCAGAAGACGGACCACAGUAACCAGUGCCAAGGGGAACCCAGUGUGUACUGGUUCAGAUCAGGACCAUCUCACCCUGCUGCCAUUUACAUGAAUGGGAACAGGAGUGGUGAAUGUCAGAAUAGUUCUGGGCCUCCGUCUGCUCCACAGAGCUGUGUCUACACUCUCCCCAAGAACAAUGUAGACGCCUCUGAUGCUGGGACUUACCACUGUGCCCUGGCAGCAUGUGGGGAAGUUGUGUUUGGAAGUGGAACCAAGCUGGACAUAAAAGAACCGUACAAGCAUCUGGUUACCGUGGUGCUUGGAAUACUGUUGGCUUGCUGUCUUGUUGGGAAUAUAAUCCAGUUCAUAACCACAAAUAAAACUAAAGUUUGUGAGCAUUGCAAAGUGUCAGGGAAUCCCAGUGCCUCCUACCAUGAUUCACACGCCUCAGUGAUUCAAGAACAACAGGACGGGGAAACUGAUUCCCUGAACUACGCAGCGUUGGAGUUUUCUUGGAGGAAAACCAAAGGAAGGAAGAAGAACAGUGAAAGGACUCAGGAGAGUCUGUAUUCUGCUGUGAGAGAAACCUGCCACUGAAUCAACCGGAGGGGCAUUCCAUCAACCAAGCCAAACACAAAGCAGGGCUUAUUUAGCUUAGCCUCGCUACUUUCAGUUAGAGUUCCGUUCCAUUAUGGUGACCUAAGUAACCAUGGCAAUUUAUCCGACCAAACUAACCUGGUCGGUGACAGUCUAACUGUCAGGUUUACCUUAGCUGUAUUUCAGAGAGGUCCAUCUGUCGGAAACAAGCGUACAAUCAGAAGUUUCCACCAAGCAUAGUCCUCACGAUUUUGUCAAGUGAAAGACCACAAUCGUUCAAAUUUACAUACAUGAAGUACAAACAGCCUAUAUUUUCGUCAAAGAUUAAAUGAUUGCAAAUAAAAUCAUUAAAUGAG